AUGUCUCAACAAUCCAACUCUUCUCCUUCCAAGAACAUACAUUGGUCUCCUAGCGCUGAACCAAGCAACCCUAACAGAGAAGAACCUAUUGCUGACUCUGUGAAUACCCCACAUGCAAGAAGACCUAAAGAAACUGUAUUAGGCUUCUCCUCAUCCAUCGCUCUUGAGGAACGAACUAAAGAAGGUUCCAGGUAUGUUUACAAUGCCAUUACCACUAUAGUGACUGGAAUACUGUCUAGAAAUCUUGAGGUCCUAAGGGUUCCUAUUCCCUUAAACACUAUUGAACCUGAUAGUGUUGCUAAUCAAGAAAAUACCGAGUCUUUAGGAAAGAAUAGCUUUGAUGAUGUUGAGCAAACUGAUACUCAUAAGGAGUCAAAUGUUGACAAACCCUUAGAUAAUGUGGCUGGUGAGGAAGUUUAUGUCACUCAUGAUGUCAGUGACAACCCUAACUGUGAGGCUGAAACAGUAUACCUGGAGGAAUUUUCUGAUAAUGACAUGCUGUCCUCUGUCCUCCCUAGCAUAGCCAAAAGGCUUAGGACUAGGAGAGAAAAGAAAACUGUGGCCCAAAGGUCCCCCAGAAAGAAGAUUGAUGUUCCAACCUCUUCCAACACAACGGUGGCAGUCGAGAGUUCCCUCAAGAGGAAAGUUCAUGGUCCAACCAAAUCUUGGAGCAAAGUGGUGCCCAAGAAAAAGAAAACCAAGUGGAAAUAUGUUUAUCAGAAGAGGCUGGCUUUGGAAAGGGAAUUAGCUUAG